AUGCCACGUGGAAGCUACUACUUCUGUGGUGCCGCGUACAUAUUCGACACAACGUACUCUACCACUCCUGGAAAUUUUGAAAACACUUCAAGCGGGUUCGGAAUGCCCAGAUGCAUAGGCCAGAAUUUGCUUGUCGUGAGAUCCGGUGAAAAUCCAUUGAACACCGUCCUGGGUAGUGAAUACAGCGAUCGCUGCGACAUAAUUGCUGUGCCCGCGCAUCACAAUGCCAUCAUGGGCAUCACAACCUUCCCUGGAAGGAGGCGCAAAGUUGAGGAAGGAAGCAUUUCAAAAAAAACAGUGAUACUUUGGAUACCAGAAAUUCGUGUAGGUACGCAACGGGUUGGAGGUAUUCCAGAACAAUUGAAAACCACAAUGAGUAAGGCUGUACGUAUACGCCAAUUCGAAUACACGGAUUCACGGAUUGAUACACAGGAUCGAGGUUUUUGCCAAGUUUCCCCGGUCGGUUUUGUUCCUGUCGGUCAGCACAUACGUGGUGCUUGUUGCGUGGGUGUGAGUUCUGGGUUCCUAUUUCGUUCCUACUUAAGGUCUGUUUAUCCCUCAGUUACUGAUGUGAAUAUUUUGUUGCCCGUCUGUCAUUGCCUGCAAGUUCGUGUCGAUUGCACCAAUUUUGGGUCCCCACUCCGAUGGAAAAGCGGGCCCACCGGGUGUCGAACCCGGACCCUCCGGACGGCAGGAGAACGCGCUAACAACUACGCCGACCCGACAUCCGGAGCGGCUGAUUAUUUCGUAUUACCCAUGUAUCACGACUGCCUGAUAGCCUUUGGUGAGCUUAGUUUUAAACCGACGAAAACGCGCAAUAUGACCUGUCACGCGACACGAGCAGCCCCGUCGACGCCGACCGAAAGACAAUCCCUCACAUCCCGAACGUACUGUCUCCUGCGCCGUUACGGCCGAUUCACACUGUCAGACUGCCCCUAUAUGUGUGUCUGUAAAUCGUUUGGUAGUUACUUGCUGUUGCCCCUAUAG